GUUAUGAGGUUCUAUUGCCCGGUUCGAGAGUAGUACCGCGGACGAACCAGCUGGUCCCUUCAGCCUGUUCUGCAUGUUUGCAUCACCUCAACCAGAACGCACACUGCUCGUAUCUUUUUUGGUGAAUUUGAAGGUCCCAGUGUUGUCGAUGCCCUGCAUUGUCGUGAGGCAGAGCCAUGGCCGACUCACCCGGUGGCAGUCUUGACGAUGACCUAGCAGCUGCAUUUGACGGAGAGUUUGAUGAGGAACUUGUAGACGACGACGGCGGUGGCGAUGCCCAAAAGGAUAACGAGCAAAAAGGAGCUGACGAUAGAUCUGACGGAGACGAUGGCGGGAAGUCCUCGUCCGGCUCAGACGUCGACCUAGAAGACCUAGAAGACAUCGCAGACAAGGGUUUUGCGGAAGUGGAGACACUCAAGCGGGAGGCAGGAAUUGAGGACAGGCCGGCGAAGCGCAUGAAAAUGGUCCAGUUCGGCGCCGAGGAUGAGUCGCCGGGUAAACGCAGAAGUCGGGUCGCUGGAGCCGGGCCUUCCACAGCGGCGGCCGACGCAGGGGGAGCAUCAGGCUCGGGCGGGGGCUGCCAGCACCCCGUGUGGGUUUUUGGAUUGUGUGGCGUGUGCGGCGUCAGCAAGGAGUCCCUGGAGAGCAGCACGGGCGACCAGUAUGGACAGUACCUGUCCGAGUCCGCCUCCGCGGCGCACGGCGGGGACGGGACCACUAGAGCACAGGCGGGCAUGGUGCGGCUCAAGCACCUGCACGCCAGCAAAGAGGUGGAGGUCAGCCGCCAGGAGGCAGACCGGAUACGAAGGGACACCGUGUCGCGGCUGCUGUCGCGGCGGCGGCUGAUUCUGAUCCUGGAUCUGGACCACACGCUGCUCAACAGCGUGCACAUGAACGAGGUGGGCGAGGACGUCGCGCCCAGGCUGGCAGAGCUGCAGCGCCGGGAGCAGGAGGCGAACCUGGGGCCGCGGCGGCUGCUGCAUUGCCUAGCGGACAAAAAGCUGUGGACCAAGCUGCGGCCGGGCGUGUUCGAGUUCCUGGAGGGCUUGCGGGACGCAUACGAGAUGCACAUCUACACCAUGGGCGACAAGACGUACGCCGCGGAGGUCCGCAGGCUGCUGGACCCCACCGGGCGGCUGUUCUCGUCCGUCAUCGCCAAGGACCACUCCACCACCGCCACCGCCAAGCACCUGGACGUGCUGCUCUCCGCCGACGAGCUGGCGCUGGUGCUGGAUGAUACCGAGGUGGUGUGGCCGGGCCACCGCCGCAACCUGCUGCAGAUCGAGCGGUACCACUUCUUCCCAUCCGACCUCCGCAAAUGGCGUGCGGACGGGACGGCACUGCUGGAGCAGGAGCGGGACGAGAGUGCAACGGAGGGCGCAUUGGCUACGCACUCGCGCGUCCUUCGUGCCGUGCACGCCAGGUUCUUCUCCCAGGAGGACUCCAGGCUGCCGCCGCUGGAUGAGCGCGACGUGCGCGACGUCCUCGCGGAGCAGAAGGCACGCAUCCUCACUGGUGUCCACAUCACCUUCAGCCGGUGCUGGGCGCAGGACAAGGACCCGCGCAAGGAGCCGCUGUGGCAGUUGGCCGAGGGGCUGGGCGCCACGUGCCUGCCCGCCUACGACCCCGCAGUCACCACACACGUCGUGGCGGCGGGUGGCGGCACAGCAAAGGUGCACCAAGCUCGCGUCGACGGCAAGGCGGUGGUGACACCUACGUGGCUGCAGGGCUGCGCCUUCAGGUGGGAGCGGCUUCAAGAGAAGGAUUUCCCAGUACCUGAGCCGUCGCAGACUGACGGGCGCGGCGGGAGCGGAAGCAGCGGCGGCAAAGGCGCCGGAGGUAGCAAACCCAGCGCCGCGGACGAGCUGCAGAUGGCAAUGGCUGCGGCUGGUGGUGGUGGUGGUGGUGGAAGAGGCGGGGGUGGAGCACAGACUUAGCGUAGUGCCGGUGCGCCAGUAUGUGACACAUACCGCAUGGCGGGUGUGGAAUGUACGGGCGAGGUGAGGCCGCGAGGGUGCGCGGGCGAGCUUGCCGGGGAGGAUUGCAGUGUGAGGGGUGCGGCGAGGGGUGCGCGCAGCCAUGAUUGCGGGUGCUGUGCGAAGCAGUCCUGCGUACUGGACUCUGAAUGACGACGACUCGCAGAACGCGGUGGGUCUGUGGUAGUCUGAUAGGGAAGGUGGAAACCGUGGUGGGUUAGAAGUCGAUGUUGCAGGACACAGCAAUCUGAUUGGAGCAGCACAGCGUUCGGUUGGGGCGCCCCCGGGGCACCGCCGGCGAUGCGCCCGGACGGGGGAUGCUUUCAGCCAGGCAGGCCUAGUUAUGAAUGGCAGGAACAUCCGGAGCCAGGAAUGUCCAUACGGUUAACCAGGCCCGACCUGGUCCGAACCAGGGGUUCCCCUGGCCUCGUGUGACAAUUUUUUUAUCAGUCCACCGAUCGGCGGCCGCUGAGGGACCGCGGAUGGUGUGGUUAAAGUGGAGUUAAGAUUAAUGUAUACUUGGCAAAGUCACGCUGGCGCUCUCCGGACAGAACUCGCGUGCACUGCUGCCUAUGGACCAAGUAAGAUCUCGGCCACCAAGAAGCGCCGCGUCUGACGUGAGAAGGGAAUGGAGACUUAAACUCUGUGUAACGAUUACAGGCU